AUGUUCUCCAAGACCGCCUCCCUCGCCAUCGUUGCUCUGCUCUCGGUCAGCGGUGCCCUGGCUCAAUCGCCUUUCGGCCCGCCCUCGACUGCAGGCAUCGUCCAGGAUGAGUCGCAGUUUGACAACUACUGUGGCAUUGGCAACCGCAUCACGAACCAGGCAUACGCCUGCUUCCUGUUCUCGGGUGACAUUAGGAACAGCAUGCUCGAGCCUAGCGCCCAUGGCUACAUGAACUCGGACGGAAGCCGCUUUGUUCUGGUCUGGGAUGGCAAGAUGCAGUCGUUCGCCUUUGAUGACAACACUUUCACCAUCACUAUGGGCAAGAACAACUGCCUGGAUGUCGCUAGGACGUCUCUCAUCUCUGGCACCACUCAGACCACGGGACCUGUUCAGCACUACACUGCCUGCCCCAACAGCGAUCUGAUCCCUGUCUCUUAG